CACCCUGUCUGUCCAUCCCUCCCCCCUUUGGGCUGGAGGCUCCGGUUUAUCUGGAAUCAGCAGGGAAAGGCACUCAGGAGCGCUGCGUCCGUGUGGAGAAAGCGUGUUAAUAGGAACUGGGGGGAUCCACUCGUCUUCUUCCAGCUGAGGGAACGGACGAGAGCCAUGGCCAUGUUCUCAGCUCUGGGGUUUCUUUUCCUCUGCCAGCUUUUGGCAUCAUCCCUCGCUCAGUCACCUGGAUCUCGUGGACCACCUGGACCUCCAGGACUACCAGGACCCCCGGGGAAAGAUGGCAUUGAUGGAAAGCAAGGACCGCCCGGACUUCCUGGAAAGGCUGGACCUAAAGGGAAAGCUGGAAUCCCAGGGAUGCUGGGGGAACCUGGACUGCCUGGACUUCCUGGAAUAGACGGUUUGCCAGGUCCUGAUGGGCCUCAGGGGAAGGACGGACCUCCAGGACAAGUCGGCGAUCAAGGACCUCCUGGACCACCUGGACCUCCUGGCAGAGGGAGACCUGGAGCUCCUGGGCUGCCUGGAGCUAAUGGAUUACCUGGUGGUGUAGGACCUCAGGGACCCCCAGGACCAGAAGGUCUUCCAGGACUUCUAGGUCCUCCAGGUCCAGACGGGCCGCCUGGACUACCUGGAGCACUUCCUGAGGGAAAUGGAGAUUUACUGUGUCCCGCUCUCUGUCCACCGGGACCCCCAGGGCCUCCUGGAAUGCCCGGUUUCAAGGGACACACAGGACACAAAGGAGACAAAGGAGAGCCAGGGAAAGAUGGAGAGAAGGGUGAGCAAGGCCCACCCGGGCCCCCUGGAAUCCCAGGAACUGUUGGUCUACAGGGGCCUCGAGGUUUGAGAGGACUUCCAGGUCCAGUGGGAGCUGUUGGAGACAGAGGUUUGCCAGGUUUCCGGGGCAAGCCUGGUAUUCCUGGUGUCAUUGGAAAAACAGGUGACCCCGGAGAGAAAGGACCUGUGGGUUUUAAAGGACCUAAAGGAGAAAUUGGAAAAAUAGGUCCUAAAGGUCUGCCCGGACCUCCAGGCCCCAAAGGAGAACCUGGAAUGCCAGGCAGAGAUGGCAAAGAUGGCACUCAGGGAUACGAUGGUGAAAAAGGUGAUGCUGGGCGGCCGGGAGUUUCUGGAGAGAAAGGGCCUAACGGUUUACCUGGUUUGCCAGGAAAGGCUGGAGUAAAAGGUGCCAAAGGAGUUGUUGGUGAUCAAGGAAAGAUGGGAGAAGCAGGACCAGCUGGAGAGCCAGGUAUUCCUGGUGAGAUUGGCAUUCCAGGAGAAAGAGGUGAAGCUGGACCCAGAGGCAUCGCUGGAGGCAUCGGCCUAAUUGGAAAUCCAGGACCUCAGGGAGUCAAAGGAUUCCAGGGAAUUAAAGGUGAUAUUGGAGAUCCCGGUCUUCCGGGUCCAACUGGACUCAGAGGAGACUUUGGAGACAGGGGACCAACAGGAGCUGCAGGACCAAAAGGCGACAUUGGAAUGGCUGGAAGUGACGGCUUGCCUGGAGAGAACGGAGAAACAGGUGUAUUCGGUCCUCCUGGCCAAAAAGGAGAGCCCGGGAAGCGUGGCGAGCUGGGUCCUAAAGGAAUAACAGGGCCACAGGGGGAGACCGGAGCAAGAGGGCUACCUGGAAAACCUGGUUUGAUGGGCUUCCAUGGAGAACCAGGCCCUCCUGGUGUCGCUGGAAAGACUGGUGUUCCUGGAAAUCUGGCGAGCGAGCAACAUAUCAGAGAACUGUGUGGCGCAAUGAUCGACGACCAGAUUGCCCAGCUGGCUGCUCACCUGAGGAGACCGUUAUCUCCGGGAGCUGUGGGUCGACCGGGUCCGGCUGGAUCUCCUGGAAAACAAGGAGAACCAGGAGCGAUGGGACUUCCUGGAGCUCGUGGUCCCCCAGGAUACAGAGGACUUCCAGGAGAUCUUGGAGAUCCUGGUCCUAGAGGUGAUUCUGGUGAACAGGGUGAUAAGGGACCUGUUGGAAAAGCCAUUGACGGGCCAGUUGGAGACCAAGGAGAACCAGGUCUCCAAGGAGUACACGGCAUCGUUAAAGAUGGACGUGAUGGCGCACCUGGAGAUCCAGGUGAGCCCGGAGAACCGGGCAGGGCGGGCAGAACGGGGCAUCAAGGACCUCCAGGAAUCUGCGACACAACAGCCUGCCAGGGCGCAGCGCCUCAUGGGAAAUCAUCCAACCCUAAAAACCAUUAAACAUCGACCCCUUCGUCUUUUAAAAACACACCUGCACCCCAAGGAAGCAAGAACAAGCAAGAUAUUUAAAUAAAAAGAUUUGGGGGAGGGGUGAGAAAUCAAAAAUGAAGGAGCAUCUUUGGAGUGUUUUAAAGAACUGCAAAUGUUGAAUAGGAUGAACAGGAACAAGCGAGAUGAGAGACUUCAAGCCGAGACUUGACCAAAGAAAUCUAAAAAAGCAAGAGUUUGAAGUACCAAUUUGUGUAGAUGUGUAAAAAAAGAAAAAAACAAAAUUACUGAAAUGGUGAAAACUGGUCAGAUAUGUACAUGUGUGCAUUUAAAAAAAAAAAAAAAAAGUUACUCUUUUCCACAGUGUCUGUUAGCAUAAAAUCUCUAUGUACAGAAUCCUGUAAAGCAACAACUGGUGACUUUCUUGACUGUAAUGAAAAAAAAAACACACAGAAAAGAGAGAAGCUUUGUACAUCGUGGUUCUUUUGGACUGGAAAGAACAAAUUUAUCUUCAAAAUCUGUCCGAGAAAACGAGAACGCAUCAGCUCUGAUACCGGAGCAUCCCUCAGUAUGUUGAAUAAUUUUGUAUAUUACUGCACAAAUAGUCUUUUCCAAGGUUUCAGUAUGUUUUUUUAAGCCAAUUGUCAAUCUUUUUGUAUUGUUUCAGCUAUUUUUUUUUUUUUCAUUUAAAAAAAUUUAUGUUUGAAAACAAAUCCCAAUUUGACAUAAAAUAAAACCAACCCUGAAAGCAUCAAGCAACAUCAGAUGCUUGACGAACUGUUACUGUACGAUUAAAAUCUGCAGGAGUUUUCACUUGUCUGAAAUUUCCAACACAUCCCACUAUGUACUGGUGCUGUAAACUAUUAAAUAUCCAUGACUUUAAAUACUAUUUAUUAUGUGUGGGUGACUGUUGUAUGUACAGUGAGACUCUACAGCAUCGUGUUGUAAGAAAUAAAUACUGAAUAAAGCCACUUUUCAGUAAAAACAUCA